AUGAUUCUCUGCUUCCUUCUGUUUCUCCUUACUCCUACGCUCGGCUUCGUACAGAGAAUCUCGAACCGGAUCCGAGACUCUCGACCUUCCAUCUACUGUAACUCGGGUUCGAUCAGUGUGGCUGUGAGCACGGUGGAGCCUUUUGUAGGCCGAAUCUUCGUGAAAGGUCACUCCAAAGAUGACAAUUGCGCCCUCAGGGGUAAUGGAACCAGUUAUGACUUCAGCUUGAGUCUCUUGUUUCACAAGUGUGGUUUGUUACGUAACAGAACUCCAGAUGGGAUUACUGUAACCACAACUGUCAUCAUCAGCUUCCAUCCUUACUUUCUGACAGAGUCCGAUGGUGCCUUUAGACUACAAUGUAUAUACCGUAAUCAGAAUCAGCUAAUUAGCAGAGCUUUGGAAGGGCGAGGAAGUCGACCGGUCGAUAGAAUCGAAAAACAUGUAAUGCCAACCUGUAGAUACGAUGUAAGGUUACUUGAUUCCCUAUACAACUUUGUUCUGUCAUUAAAUAAUUACUAAUUAUACAUGUUGUAGAUAUUGGAGAAUGGACCUCAUGGUCAUCCAAUCCCGUUUGCAUCAGUAGGCACUACCGUAUACCACAAGUGGUCUUGUAUUUCUGACAAUUCAGAAGAACAUUGUAUGAUAGUGCACUCUUGUGUAGCCGAGAACGAUAGUGGAGAAACCGUGGAGAUUCUAGACCAGCAUGGAUGUGCAGUAGACCCAGUACUACUAGACAACCUACAGUACUCAAAAGACCUAGUAGCCGGCCAAAGUGCUCAAGUGUACAAGUUCGCGGACAAGGAGUCCAUCUACUUCCAGUGUCAGAUCAUGAUAUUCAAGAAGACCAACGACCACAAAUGUGCCCGACCUCAGUGUAGGUCUGUAGCGUCUUCUGGAGACUUCCGCGCUACAAACAAUACCCAGAACCUUGGUGUAGCCUUCGACCGGAAAUUUGCACGAUUACGGUCGAGAUCUGUCAACUACGAUGUUAACAACGAACUGACAGUUACCAUGGGUAAUAUGGUUAAGGAAAAGCAGGAGAUGGUAGACAAAUACGAUAUUGACUGUGCUUCUAUGCAAAACAUAGUAGUGUUGUUUAUAGUGAUAUCAGUGGUCAGCUGUGUGUUUAGCUUCGUAUCUUUUUAUUUAUUCUGCUGGAAGUUUUGA